AGGGAGACACAGAGAUAGCGUGCAUGUGCAUGUGUGAGAGGGAGAGAGAGAGAGGAGGGUGCGAGAGACGGAUAGACAGAGAGACAGAGUUAGAGCGAGAGCAAGGUGCACACGUUGCUCAGCCUCCUCAUUGCAGGCGCGACAGGCAGCCAGAGAGGAGCUCCAAUCUAACUGGUGGCAACAAUAGACUACUGAAAACACAGCUUAACCGAUCAAUAGACCUUUGCCAGAAACAUUGUGAGAGGGAGAAAGCUGCUCAAGGACCAGGGAGGAGCAGAUAAGGUGAAGAUCUAAAGGCAAUUACAGCACUGGGUUCCAAAACUAGAAGACCACUGGUGACUUUGCAGUACAUCAGAGGGUGCAGAUUAUCCUUCUGAGUGGUAAGACAGGAAGAGCAUCAGCACUGGCACUUAAGUGCCAAUCAGAGGUCUAUUUGUGGAGUUGAUGAUCUCGCCCUAGUGCCCAAGUUGUGAUGUGGGGGUGCACCAUGGCAAUACAAGGUUCAAUAGUGAGCCUGGCUCUACUGUUCUUUGGGAUUCAAGCUGUUCCAAACCCCACCAGCAAAAUAGUGAGGACCACAAGAGUGAGGCGACAGGUUCCCGAAGGCGGGGGUCCCUCUAGCAACCAGACCCAGGCCAUGAUCUUUAAUCAUGUAUACAACAUCAAUGUACCUCUAGAGUCACUCUGUUCAGUGGACCUUGACACGGUACCAGGGCCAGGGACAAACAGAGGUACAGCUGGGAGUGACAAGAUGCCGACAGAGUAUACAGAAGAGACAGUGGACUCGGACAGCCAGGUGACCUUCACCCAUCGCAUCAAUAUCCCAAAGCAGGCCUGUGCUUGUCCUGCGGCUGCCGCCAUGGAACAGCUGGCUAACCGCGUAGAGAUGCUGGAGAGGGAGGUGUCCUUGCUUCGAGCACAGUGUAGCUCCAGCUGCUGCGGAGAGAGCUCUGUUAUGGGUCGCUUGGACUUCGUCCCUCAGUGUGGCCAUGGCACGUUCAGUAUGGAGGUUUGUGGGUGUGUUUGUGAAGAAGGAUGGAUUGGCAAGAACUGCUCUGAACCCCACUGUCCAGAUGACUGCUCCGGCCAAGGCAUUUGCAUCGAAGGCGAGUGUGUAUGCGACCGUAACUUUGGCGGUGAGAACUGCUCGGAGCCUCGAUGUCCAGGUGAUUGCUCUGACAGGGGGUUGUGCAUUGAUGGCGAGUGUGUUUGUGAGGAAGCCUUUGCUGGAGAGGACUGCUCGCUGGGCAGAUGUCUGAACGACUGCUCAGAUCAAGGAACCUGUGUGAACGGAACCUGUCAGUGCCGACCUGGCUUCCUGGGGGAAGACUGCUCUCUCAUCUUCUGUGCUAAUAACUGCAGCCAGAAAGGGGUGUGUAAGGAUGGUUUCUGUGCCUGUCAAGAGGGAUAUACAGGAGAUGACUGCGCUUCAGUGUCACCUCCUAUGAAUCUGCGAGUUCGGGGAGUGUCAGAGAACACCAUUGAUCUGGAAUGGGAGGGGCCUGUGAUCCUGACAGACUAUCUCAUCACUUACGCCCCCACAACCCCUGGUGGAGUCCAACUAGAGAUCAGAGUCCCAGGAAAUGUUACCAACACCACCAUCAAAGGGUUGGAGCCGGGUCUGGAGUACAACAUCAAUGUGUAUGCGGUGAUCGACAACAUCAUAAGUGCCCCAAUGAACACCUUAGUCUCCACCUAUCUCUCGAAUCCAGACGGUUUACUCUUCAAAUCCAUCAUGGAGACAUCUGUGGAGGUUCAGUGGCAACCCUUAGACUACUUGUUUGAUGGUUGGGAAAUAAGCUUCAUUCCCAAGGACAAUGAUGGAGGGAUGACAGCACAACUACCCAGUACCAUCACGUCGUUCCACCAAACAGGGCUGCGGCCUGGGGAAGAAUACACUGUCAACCUGGUGGCCUUGAAAGACCAGGGAAGGAGCCAGCCUGUUACUGCAACCGUUAUAACACUUAUAGAUGGACCAACACAGCUUAUUGUACGAGACAUCUCAGACACAGUUGCCUUUGUGGAAUGGAGCCCACCCAAGGCUAAAGUGGACCAGAUUAUAUUGCGAUAUGGGCUGUUAGGGGUGGACGGACCAAAGACCACCUUUCGCCUGCAGCCUACUCUGAGCCAGUACUCCCUCCAAGUCCUAAGGCCUGGAUCCACGUAUGAAGUAUCAGUCAGUGGAGUCUGGAAUGGCACUGAGAGUGGAGCCAUUUCCACAGAGUUUAUUACAGAAAUCGAUGCACCAAAGAACCUGAGAGUGCUGUCGAAAACUUCCACUAGCCUGGAGCUGGAAUGGGACAAUAGUGAGGCAGAUGUAGAAGGCUACAGGGUGGUUUACAGCACACUGGCUGGUGAUCAGUAUGACAAAGUCAUUGUCCCACGCAAUGAUGGUGCCACCACCAAAACUACUCUCACUGAUUUGCUGCCUGGCACAGAGUAUGGCAUAGGAAUUUCAGCAGUUCUAGGCGCCAACCAAAGCUCCCCAGCAACGAUGAAUGCCAGAACGGGUCUGGAUGUCCCAUUGGAUUUGACUGUCACAGCCUCCACAGACAACACCAUCACCCUGUUGUGGGGCACAGUGCAGGGGCCUAUUGAUCACUAUAAAGUGACCUACACUUCCUCCACUGGAGUCACAACUGAGCUGACGGUGCCCAAGGACGUCAACACCACCACACUGACAGGUCUAGAGCCGGGCACCGAGUACACCAUUACAGUUGCAGCACAGAGAGGCAGGCAGCAGAGCACUGCAGCUACUAUUGAUGCCUUCACAGGGUUCCGCCCUAUCACACAGCUCUUCUUCUCCGAUGUCACUUCUGAUUCAUUGACUGUGGCAUGGAGUGCACCGGCACCGCCUGCUGACGCAUUCAGCUUGAACUACAAUGCUCAGGACUCCAGUGAUGAUUCUGAGAUUGCUCUAGAUGGGUCCAAAACCAAAAUCACACUCACUGGUCUCCUGCCCUCCAGGCGGUACACUGUUACCCUGGUUACCAUGCACGGCAAUGUGACCUCAAAGCCAGUUUUAGGCUCAGUCGCAACAGGUAUGGACCCUCCCAGAGAUAUGAGUGUGCUGUACGUCACAGAGGAAUCUGUAACCAUAUCAUGGAUUCAACCACUCGCACCCUUUGAUUACUAUAAAAUGUCUUACCAAUCACCAAAAGGUAGGAUGGACAAUGUGGUGAUUGACAAUGACAUCACCAACUACACCCUAACCAGCCUCCAUCCAGCAACGGAGUACGAGAUCAAGCUGAACGCAGUGAGAGGAAGCCAAGAGAGCAAGGUCAUCACCACUACUGUCUUUACAGCUAUGGACAUGCCUAUGGAGCUCACUGCAUUGAAUGUUACACCUCAGGGGGCUCUGCUGCGUUGGAACCCCCCUGUUUCCAGUGUUGAUAACUAUGUGCUCACCCUCACCCGGAACCAAGUUACGGCAGACACCUUCUUAGUGGAGGGCAACAAGCAGGAGUACCAGCUGAGUCAGCUCAUCCCCAGCACCACCUACUCAGUGGCUCUUUAUGCCACUAAAGGUCCUCUCACCAGUGGCACAGUCAUUGCAAACUUUGUCACACCCAUGGAUGCACCCCAGAACCUGACAGCUAGUGAGAUUAACCAUCGAAGCGCCCUCAUAUCCUGGCAGCCGCCCAUCGCAGACAUCGAUAACUACAUGUUGACCUACAAAGCAGCAGACGGCAGUCGAAAGGAGCUGAUCUUAGAUGCCGAAGACACAUGGAUCCGUCUCGAGGGGCUUGCAGAGACCACUGAAUAUACUGUGAGACUGCAAGCCGCCAGAGGAUUAGAGACCAGCGCCAUUGUUUCUACAUCUUUCACAACAGGAAACCGAUUGUUUCCCACGCCACAGAACUGUGCACAACACCUCCUGAAUGGAGAGACGCUGAGCGGAAUUUACACCAUCUACAUCAACAGAGACCUCAGCCAAGGUGUGCAGGUUUACUGCGACAUGACCACCGAUGGAGGCGGCUGGAUAGUGUUCCAGCGACGUCAGAACGGUUUGACUGAUUUCUCCAGGAAGUGGAGUGACUACAAGAUCGGCUUUGGCAACCUGGAGGAUGAAUUCUGGCUUGGCUUGGACAACAUUCAGAAGAUUGCAGCUCAAGGUCGUUAUGAGCUCCGCAUUGACAUGAAAGAUGGCCAGGAGUCUGUAUAUGCCAACUAUGACAGGUUUUCCAUUGGAGAUUCCAAGAGCCUCUACAAACUGCGGAUAGGAGAGUAUAAUGGCACCGCAGGUGACUCUCUAAGCUACCACCAGAGCAGACCUUUCUCUACCAAGGACAAGGACAAUGAUAUCGCUGUCACCAACUGUGCAUUGUCCUACAAAGGAGCCUGGUGGUACAAAAACUGCCAUCGGGCCAACCUUAACGGCAAAUACGGAGAGUCCAGACAUAGUCAGGGUAUAAACUGGUAUCACUGGAAAGGCCAUGAGUUUUCCAUCCCUUUUGUGGAGAUGAAGAUGAGACCUUUUAACUACCGCAGCAUCAGUGGCAAGCGGAGGAGGUCCACCCAUUAAUCUACCGUCCUACUAGCUGUUUCUAUUUUUAAACAGGGCGAGGAGGACAGAAGGAGUGAUGUAACUUAUUUAAAUCUCUGAAUGACAAAAUCCCUUUGACGAAUGUCUGAUGUAAAUUGUAAACCUUGAGGUUCGGUGACUUUCUAUAUGUGUAAUGCUAUUUGUUCAGCUCCGGGAGAUUGAAGACUAGGUAGGGUUUGGUAUUUUUAGCACGUUUACAGUAUGAAGCCUGUGGAAAGAAUCUCAUUAUUAAGUGAAGAAAAGAUCAUUUCUCCCUUUGAGAUAAAAGAUUUUAGAAAAAAAUGAAUGCCCAUUAAAAUGAGAUGCUUCUAUUUUUAUAAAUGAUGAGAAAUACCUUUAAAAAAGUUUCAAUUCAUGUUCAUGUGACCCAUUACAGUGUUAUAUUUUGCAUUUACUGCACACUGAAGCCAACAAUAUUUGUUUUAUUUUAACUGCAUUUUCAUCUCAUAUUUAAACUUAACAGUUGGCCAUUGUACUGUUAAAAGCGUUGCAGUCGAUGAAGUUGCAAAUGUUGGGUUUUCUGGAAAAGAUAAUACAAAACACAAAAUGAUAUUAUUGUUAUUGAAACCUCAGAAACCAAAGAAUUAUUCAGUAUCUGAGGUUAAAACAUUAAAAUGAAAAAAAAAAAGAAUGAUCACAUGCUUUUCAGUCAUAUGAUUUGCCCCAUAUUUGAUUUUAUUUUUAUUUUAAAUUUUACAAUUUCAUGUAUGGCUGAUAAGUAAUACUUUUACAUCAUCCCACAACAAAGUUUUUUUUUUUUUUUUUUUUUUUUUUUUUUAAGGUAUAAACUGUCCUGAGAGCACUGAUAUGUACAUGUGGAAAAACUCUUAUGGAGAAUUUUUACAUCAUUAUGUUUCACACUCCAUGCUUUGAGUGUUUUGUUUCUGUAGACAUGAAAGAAUAAUGGUGUCCACCUGUGUCUUGGUAAAUCCUCUAGAUUAAUAGCAAUUCAUAGGUGAGUGCAGGAGAAUUGCUGUCUGUGUUUUGCACUGCAGUAGUACAUGCAGAGUGAAGACCAUCUGAAGGGUUCUUUUCAUAGAUUUUCUGUUCCUUUCAUGCAUAGUCAUUGUAAAAAGGAGUUGGACAGACACCUGCUGACAAGCAGUCAAGCUUGAGCUUUCAAGACCUGACAUACACACAAUAGGUCACAAAAGUAAUGCAACGCCUAGUGCAACUUAGAACAUAGCCUUUCUUCUUUUACCUUUGUGUACCUGACAAGAAUAUAUUAUUUCAUUCUGUAGUUUAACAGGGCCUCAGUGUAUUUUGUACAGUGAUGGAAAGGUUUGUGAAGGAAUACGACCAUGUCAUGUUUUUCUAAACCUUCCUCAUACAAUGUAAGUUUUACCUCAGCAAGAUAAUUUAGAUUUUUCUUCAUUAAUUUAUCUGUAUGCUCUACCCAUUUCUGUAAGGCUGUAGACAAAUAUUCUUCAGUUCUCCGGAGUUCUGCUUCUCACAACACCUGUUUCGCAUAGUUGCAAAUCUCCUAAUGAGCCUCUUCUGAGAGAUGGCGCUAUGAUGUCUUCAAAGAGUUUCUACACUUUUCCUUUGCUUUUAUUUUUUCUUUCCUUUUUGAGGGGUAAGAUUAGAGAGUGUAGCAACAGCUGCGAUGAGAACUAGAAACCAAGUAAAUUCUUAAUCAGCUCAAGCUAAUUGCAUUUAACGCUGAAAAAUACUUACAUUUUGCUUGCACCAGAAGGCAUCAUUUUCUCCAGUUACUGUUCUGUAGAGAACAUGGGUGGAAAUGUGUGUUCCUUCUUCUGUUUUCUAACCGUUUCCGUCAGAAAACUAAUUGUUUGUGGGUUCACAGUGAGCAGCCCUUCUGUAGUUAUUUCUGAAAGAGGAACUUUAGUGUUGUUUUGACUGAGUAAGACUGCUUCUCAACAAAGAGAGACAGCAGAUUUUACUUCAUUAUUCAUUGACUCAGCAUAUGUUGGGGUCACUUCAAGUCCCUGUCAUUCUGACAUGCCUCCCAUCCACCAAACCACUUAUGGUUCAACAUUCACCAUGGGAACACACUUAAAAACAUGUUACACACAACACUUUAAUUCUGUGUUAGGAAGGCAUCUAGGUCAUUUUACCACUCUCAUAUACAUUUAUUUAAUUUCAUUAUGACGUUGUAAAGAAAAAAACUAAAUUUUGUACCUAAGAGGAUGUUGUAGAGCAGUAAACAUGUUCGACUGCUUGUCCUUUACCUCUAUGGCUCUUGGAAAAUGUGUUUAGCAUGAACACUAAUGAAGCAGGUAAUGUGUGCAAAAGAACGGUCAUUUGUCCCUAACUCGCUAACCACAUUGUCAGAUAACCUUGGAUAUUAUUGUAACAGAUCAAUUUAGCUCUAGUUUAACUUAAAAUGUGCUGUAUAGUUCCUUUUUUAAUACAUUUUCUACACAUUAAUAAAAUAUUCCAAAUAAAAAAAAAA